AUGAUGAUGGAUUCAAAUGACUUUGAUUAUCUUCAAUUGACUCAAUUGAAUCAACAAUUUGAUAGAAUACUAGAAAAUCAACCCAUCAAUGAUAAUCAUCGUCAGAAAUUGAUUCAAAUUGCACUCACAUCAUUACAAGUGAUGGAAAAGUAUUCAGCAUUACAGCCAAAAUAUGUUAAAUUCAUCGACUAUUUAAAGACAGAAGCAAGUAGAACUAAUACAUCUCCUUCAUAUAAUAUCGAUUGGAUUGAUUCAGAUAAACCUGUCAAUAAUUCCUUGCUUAUUCAAUUAGAUCUUGAAUUUAAGAAUUUAUUAUUAUAUCCUUCAUCAAAUCAUACCAAUGAAAUCAAUGAUGAUGAUGAAUCCGAUAUUCCCAAUUUCUCAUCAAGUGGGGAUUCUUCUACACUGACGAAUUCUAAGGAUGAUCUCUUUAAUCGAUUCAAACAAGUUUUAAUCAUUAAUAUCAUUAAACGAAAGUUUAGUCAAAAUGUUCAACUUAUAAUUACGUAUUCAUCGAUUCAUCUGUUUAAUUUAUCUCCUAGGGAUAUAACUCAAGUCAAAUCAAAUAACUUCUUACAGUUUUUAUUCUAUCAAUAUUAUAAUAACCUUAAUGCAUGGUCUUCUUCCCCUAUUCAACUCAAAUGGCCAAACCAAGAUGACACACCAGCACAAAAUCCACAACAACAAUUGGAUGGAUCUAAUCGUACUUGGGUAUCAAGAUCAACAGCCCCAACUAAUAUAUCAACUUCAUCAGAUUUAUCAUCACCAUUUAAUAAUUCAAAUUCAUUUAAAAUAUUAGACGCAAUUUAUGCAAAAGCUGUUGGUUAUUAUACUAAGAUUGAACCUAUUUUAAGUAAGAUCAAUAAAACAAAUACAUCAAAUGAAGAUUAUACAGGAGGAAUAUUUGAAGAAAUCCAUUAUUACUGGUUAAUUCGAUUUUAUAAUCUUACAAUUUUAUUUAAAAAGUUUGAAUUUUAUGAAUUUAAUAAAGAAUUUGAAUCAUUAUUUCUUAAUUCUACAUCACCAACAUCACCAUUAUCAAAUAACUCAACUAAUACUAAUGCUACUUCCAUGGGAUUUUCUUCAUCUUCAUCAGCUGUAAAUACCAUCACCAUCCCAAAUCCAUCUUUACAAUUCCUUAUAGAUUUACCAACCUUAAAAUCAGAUAUUUUCUCCAUGUAUGCUAUAGUUUCGAUAUUUAUAAAACCAUUCAAAGCAUUAUCCUUUCUUGAAAAGGAUGCUAUAAUUGAUACCUUCAACAUCAAUGAUUCAACUUUGGAUACAACCAUUUACACGAAUGUAUUGUUACCGUUAUCUAAUGCUAAAUUAUCUCAAGUUCAUGAAUUUUUAACGAGUCGAUCAUUUUUAAUUGAAUUCGGUUCAAAUUUAGAAUAUCUCUUACCUAUCAAUGAUAAACAAUCUGGGUCGGGAAGUUUCAUAAGUUAUGUUAUUAGAAUCAUUGAUUUUAAAUCAUUCCUUUUGAUUAUUUCCAUCACUAAACAAAUCCCACGUAUAAAAUUAUUUGAAAUGUUGGGAUAUAUAAAUCCAACUCCAGAAGUGGUUUCGAAUUUAACUGCCAGUUUAUUGAAUUUAAUGGGGAUUUUAGGAUUGGGGAAAUUAGGAAUUGGUUAUAAAGUCGAUCAAGAAUUAUUUUUCAAUCAGAAUCAAGGAAUCGAUCAAAAGUUUGCUAAUGAUUUACAAAUUAAAAUUAAUGAAUUAACUAAUGAUGUUUACGGUGAUAGUGUGGCUACGUUAAUGAAAGGUAUAUUAACUGAAAAAUUCUUUAAAUAG